AAGGCGUAAACUUUGUUAUGGAGAAUGAUAUUGAUUUAUAUCUCGUUUAUGUUGGGGCAUUAAUUAUACAUUAGCGGGGUGAUUUACAUAGGGGUGACGUGCAUUAUUUUUAUUGAUUGAAGUUGGUGAAUAAUCCUGCUCAACAGAAUUUUGUAAUUUAUGCAGCUCAUACAAGUUCUAAUAGGGAAGCAUCUUGUUAAAUUCUGGAGUUGAAAGCUAUAUCAUCUUGCAGCACUAUAUUCGUUGAACCCUUGGAAAGUUGUCGAAGUGUUAUGCGAUGGAUUUGAAAGGUAUAGCAUGGGUUGGAGAUAUAUACCAGAAAUUUGAAGCGAUGUGUUUGGAGAUGGAAGAUGCUAUGUACCAGGAUACCGCUAGAUAUGUUGAGAAUCAAGUGCAGACUGUUGGUGCAAGUGUCAAGAGGUUCUAUUCAGAUGUGGUGCUAGAUUUACAUCCUCAAUUUAACAUAGAUCCCGUGAAAGUUGCAGCUGCUGACUUGUCUCUUAAUCCUUAUGCUCACACUGAAAUCAGCAAGAAGCUGAAAGCAAAACUUAAAGGUGGACACCCUAGGGUAAUUAAUAAAGAAUUAAUUGAUGAUACUCAAGUGAUCAAGGGGAAAAGCAAAAGUGGAGGAGUUUAUAGACGUCAAAGUGUUGGGAUCAAAGAAAUUGUUAGAGAUAAUCAUCCACCAUCUAAGAAGUCGGACGCUCUCUGUCUCGUAUCAGGGAAUGCAAUUAAAUUGUCCUCAGAUUCUAAGGUUAGGGGAGGUUUUGAAGUGGCAUCUGACCACAUGACCAUGACUUCGCCCUUGGCCUCAGUUAAAGGACGUAACUCUACCGAGACAGGAAAGGAGGUUUCCAACCAUAUUAUAAAAACAAAUGCGCCUGCAGCAGGUAUAUCAAUUAAUGUUGCAGCUUCUGACACGAGCUUAUCAGUUGACUGUGUUGGGCAGAACCAAGCAGAUCUCAGGAACACUUCCUCUGCUGGUGACUUGCAAUCAGACUCUCAUGAUAGGGGUACGCUCAAGGAGUUGACUGGUGAUACUGGAUUAAAGAUUAGCAGUAAUACUGGUGACAAUAAUAUUGCCAGCGAGGAGAUCAAUGAGUCCUGCAAAGAAAGAUCAGAUAAAUCUUGUUCUCCUCCACCCGAGAAGUAUGACUUGAUUGAGUCCGAUGUGGAAAUUGUUGAGCGCUAUGAUGAAUCAAAGUUGGAGGAAACAUGUGUCCUGGUUGAAGUGGACAAACUUCAUGUUCCACAGGGAUCAGUCAAACGGAAAUCAUACAAGAAGAAGCUCAGGCAAGUGUUUUCUAUGAAAAAGAAGUCGACGAGAAAAGAGUAUGAGCAGCUUGGAGCAUUACAUGGAGAUCAACAGCCUAACCUAGAGCCUGAAGAAAAGCCGAUGCAGGUUCUCUCCAAAAACUCGAACGUGAAAAAGUUGCCAUCAGCUGAUGAUCAUUCCGAAUCUGAGUGGGAACUUCUCUAGAUAUGACGCAUUACAACAACAUACCCAAUGUAAUCCGACCAGUGGAGUCUGAGCUAGAUAUGAUGCUAUAAAAGUGUAAUGUUGCUUUUGCCAAUCAAUAGAUGGCUUUGUACAGAAAACUAAAAUUGAAAGCAGAAGCACCUGGUGCAUUAUAAUAAGCCAAUUAUUUCUCUAUAAA